AUGGCACCUGCAGCUAAGAGCGGCAAGGCCACUGGUGGUAAGCGUGGUCGAAAGAGCAACGACUCCGACAAGGCUGGUGAAUCUGCACAGAAGAAGCAGAGAGUAUCAAAACCAACAGGCAAAGCAAACGACGCUAUUACUAUCGACGAUGAUGAGAAUGCACCAAAACCCGCCAGUGUCAAAUUCAAGCAGAAUACUGCUCUCAAACCCAUACCCAAGCCUAGUGGAAAUUGUUUUCCAAAAUUUAUGAAUGGAGACGUGGUUAUCCAGCUUGAGAGCAAUGGUCUGAGGCAGAGCUACAUCCUUCACGCUCAUACGCUUGGACGGAUAUCGUCGUGGUUUGAUGAGAUGUUACGUCUUAACAUUGAAGAGAUCGAACCUGACCCCCACAUGCUUGCAGCGGACCCCAAUCCAUUUCAGAGACAGCUAUAUGCGAGAUUUGAGUUGGAGACCCAAGCAGGUCCAGGGAAGAAUCAGCUUGCUAGGACUACAUUGACUUACCUCGCCGUGCCUGAGCCAUCAACUGAGCCAAACGAAGCCACAGGACGACUGCAGAAGGCCAUGGAAAUCGAGGAUGAUCCCGUUGUAGACGCAACGUCUUCUCCGAGAGAUAUACGACCUACAAGAGUCAAAGAAGCCAAGAGCAAACCACGUACGCCUCAGAAGCCAAGUGUUGAAUGUGGAAAUGAAUCACCCAAUAUCCAACUAACUCCACUUACUGAAAAGAAGUCAAGUAAAACUUCUCCAGUCAAUGUUUCCCCGAAGGUUACGCAAGACACAACUAUCAUCAAGAAGGAGAAGCUUGAUGACGACGUUAUGGCAACAGACGCUGGACAGACACCUGUUGACGAAGCGGAAGAAAUAGCACAAAAAGUUGUACACCAGAUAUCCGAUGGUCUGCUUCCGAUGAGUCAGUAUGAGUCCUGUGCUCAAGAGGCAAGCCUAGGUGCCGAGGGGAAGCCAACUGCCAAGCCAGAGGAACCUUAUCAAGGCAAAAGCACAAGCCAGAGACCAAAUCUAGUUGUUGACGAUCCUAUGGAAGGAGUUGAAGCAAGUAAUGGCCAAAUGACGAUGGAGACAGCAUCAGCUGUACGUUUUAGCUCAAAUUGCGAAGAGCUUGCCGAGAUUAAGCAGUCCGUAAAUCCAGAUGUUACCCAGAAUAAUAGAUCUGAGUCUGUUAUCAAGCAUGACAGUCCUCCAUCGGAUUUUAAUGAGAAAAGCAAGGAGGACCAUGAUAUGGAGCUAGAACACUAUGGUCAAAAUACCAUGGCAACCAACACCUCAGACUAUGAUAAGAUGGGAGUCACGGAAAGACCUGUUGUAGAAAACGAAAGCCACACUGAGAUCACGGGCGACGGAGUUCCUAUGGAUAGGGAAGGUCCCAUGGAUGUCAACUCUGCUCCAUUCUUGGAAGCUUGCGUGACUAAUCAAGGAGAAUGCUCAAAUCUGGCUUCUGCUUCUGUGCAUGACACUAUCGCUACCAAGCACGAAGCAGUCCCCGCCACAGCGCCUUCUGAAGUUUUUAAGGAAGAGGUUGACAUAGAGGAAAGGGCUUCCAACGGUGCUGCAUCAACUCGAGAGCUUGAGGAUGCAAGCAGAAACGAAGAUUCUCUUGCCCCUAACCAGACUGUCAUGGACGAGUUCGUCAGAGAAAGCGAGCAAUUGGAUAAGCCUGUUUAUCCAAGCCAGGGUGCCAGUCUUGCAGCGAACCCUGGAAAUCUCGACGUUCUUAACUGUGCCCAGGAUAUGAAAGACGAGAAAAGCAGCGAGUGUCAGCACUUGUUCCCCUGUGCAAGACUUGACGACAGCAAGACCAAAGCAGAUACCGACAAGCUUGACCAUCGCCAAGAAAUUUGCGAGAAGCCGGUCUUACAGAACGAUGGUACUAGCAAUUCCGGUAUUACAGAUUUUCCACAAUUAGAUGGCUCCUUCGAUGAAAAGAAGGCUGCACCGACUUCGGACGUGAAGGCCAAUUGCCUAUUGCCUUCAAUCGAGAACAUCCAGAACAUGCCUGCAAGCUUUGUAAACAUUGGAAAGUCUACCGAGUUCCAUAAUGAAUCUAUCAUGCUGAAAGGGGCAGAACUCGACGUCAGUACUAAGCCAGCCACCAACAAAGUACAGGCUUCGUUCCCAUCUCAAGCUCCACAUGUGCAGAUCGCCCACGACGAGAAAAUCAAAACAGCUCCAGCCACCAUGGCCAACAGUAAUGGCGCAGAUGUCCUCCGAGUUUACGAUAAUCUCUUCCGCAUAUACUACAAUCUUCCUCCGCGUAUCGACACUGAAAGUAUUAAUAAAGCCCUUAUGCAAUCGGAACUUCUUGUCGAUGCUGCCCGUUUGUACGGAACCAUCUCUGUCGUUCGACCCUACAUCAAUGCUGCCUUGAUGAACUUUGGCCGGCAGCUUUACAUGGCAAUUAUGAAAGACCCACCUCGCUGGCUUCACCUAGCAUUCUUCCUAGAAUCAAAACCAAUGUUCAAGGAGGGUGUUAUUCACAUCGUGGCAAACCAUCCAUUCUGGCCAUGGCCGACCUUGAAAAUGGACGAAAUUCUCUCACCUAUUGGCGAACUUAUCGAGAAUAAGUUGGAUAUCUUUCUAGAAAUGAAAGAAUCCGUCAACAAGGCCCUCUUUUCAAACGAGGUCCGCAACGUUGAAGUAUUCUCCCGUACUUUAAACAAUGACGAUUUUGAUACUUGGUUUGUCGUUCAGUACUGGAGAGACUGGUUCGCUCGGUCUUUGGCUAAGGCAAACAAAGCAUCGGACGUCACCCAAAUGUGCAUGCGCUGCAAGGUAUAUCGAGAUAUUGGCCGAAACGGCGAUGCAUACCUCCCGACGAUUCUCGUCCUUGAUGCUGUUGAGGCUUGUCGUUCGAAGGACCUGCAUGCCAAAGCGAAGCGCCAGGGCAUAGAGCGAGACCUGAGGACUUUGAAGGACUUCGCCCAGAAGGCAGUUACACCCCUCUGUGCGAACUACUCAAUGCUGUCUGUUGAGGAUGCAGGUAUCGAUUACCUCACAUGCAUCAAGGUGGAGGAUGAUGAGCUGCCAUGGAUGAAGCAGUCCAAUGGCAUCCAGAUGAUGCAGUCCAGAUGUCAAGAGGACAUUUGA